AUGGCCACUGACGAACUUUCCAAAGAUGCUGCAGCUAAUGUCAAGACUGAUGUUUCAAACCCUUUGUUCAUCCAUCGUUCAGAUCACCCCUCUAUGAUGCUGCCUUCCGAGAAGACCAAACCUGCCGACCAUGCUACAUGGCAGAGAUGCAAUGACAUGAUCGUUGCGUGGAUCAUUAACUCCAUUGAUUCAGAAAUUUCUGAUAGUAUUCUUUACAUGACUGAUGCUCAUGCAAUUUGGGAGGAAUUGCGAGAGCGUUAUUCACAAAGCAAUGCCCUUUGGAUUUUCCAGUUAAAACAAGACAUUGCUUCUCUUACUCAAGAUCAACUCUAUGUUGCUGCGUACUACACAAAGCUGAAGAAAUUGUGGGAUGAGCUGGCGUCAUACAGUGACUCAACUUCCUGCACGUAUGGAGCGCAGAAUGAAAGGAACAAAUUAAUGCAGUUUCUUAUGAGCCUCAAUGAGUCCUAUAGUGCCAUUCGAGGGCAAGUCUUGCUGAUGAAUCCUUUACCAACUGUUUGUCAGGCUCAUGCUUCAAUUUCCCAGGAAGAGAAGCAAAGAUCUCUUACUGCCUCACGUGGAGUCACCGAGACAGUAAUUAUAUCUGUUCGACAAGGUGGUUCAUGA